UUGAUGUUAUCAUGUCCGACUCCGUAGAUAGGGUAUUUAGUUAUGCUCUUAAUACCGUUAAUAAAGUCCACACGGGGGGGGGGAAACCGCCGGUUGCCACGCGAUUGAGGCUCUAUGGACUUUAUAAGCAAGCAAUGGAAGGGGACGUGGACGGGAUCAUGGAUCGACCCGAAGGAAAAACGGAGGAAGCCCAGCGCGCAAGGGAAAAAUGGGAAGCAUGGAAAUCACAGAGCAGCCUUUCGCGAACCGAGGCGAAACGACGGUACAUAUCGACUUUGAUCGAAGCCCUUCACAAGUUCGCCGACCCCAGCGACGAUACCCGAGAACUGGUGGCGGAGCUCGAAUUCGUCUGGGACCAGGUCAAAUCGAACGUCCCGUCCUCCUCAUCCUCCUCGCCCCUACAAACCCUCGGGUUGCCAACCGGCCUCCAAAACCCGCCUUCCUAUCCGUCGCUGAAUUCGCCGGAGCUGAUGGGAGGGUAUAGAACGCAGGACGAACGGAGAGAUAGGCAAGCGAUGCGAGUUGUCAGUCCGGUGUCGCAAGAGUUGGAGGACGACUUGGACGAUGGCGAUGAAUUUGUCGAUGCGCCGGAUUCACAGUACAACUACACCACACGAGAAAAAGAAGAAGAUGAGGAUCGAAGGUCCCCCGAAGGGGAAUCGCCUCGACCACCACGGCCCAACCUCGACCCUGGAGACAAGAAAUGGCGACGGCGAGUGGAGCAAGCGUUGGUCCGGUUAACGGCAGAAGUGGCAGCAUUGCGCGAGCAGCUAGAAUCGAGAAGAGUUUUCGGAGUGUCGAAGCACCAACGGGUGCUUCGCUGGGUGUGGCGGGGUUUUUGGGCAGUGGUCAAGCACAUGGUGUUUGAUCUGGCGAUCCUGUGGAUUGUCUUGAUAUGGAUGCGACAACGAAAGGACAAGCGGCUAGAAGGCGCAAUUCGGGUCCUUUUGGGCGACGCGGUGGCGCAGGUGCAAAAGGUUGGCGGCAAGCAGAUAUCGUCGCUUGGAAAGAUACAUCUGAGUUCUCGAUCGACCCGAAAGGGCUCGUCAUCCUGAUGAUGUCUAGAAUACACGUAAUGAGACAGCUUAGGCGACGAAACCAUGUAAGAUACUGUAAUCACAUAUUCAUGUGAACAGAAGAUGAUGUAUGAAUGAAAAUGUCACUUG